GGGAAUAAAAUAAUAUAGGACUGCCUACUGCCCAGCUUAGGAUUUAGAGGAGGCGACCUUUUUCCUUUUCACUCACUCGGGUCUAGCUUUUGAACUUCGAAUUGCAGCCAUUGUACGGACAAUCGGAAGGAGAAAAGAUGGAUGGACAUGAUGCAGAAGAUCCGAAGCAAAACACUGCAGAUAUGACGGUUUUUGUGCAAAAUCUUCUUGAACAGAUGCAAUCAAGGUUCCAACAAAUGUCUGAAUCAAUCGUGACAAAGAUUGAUGAUAUGGGAGGUCGCAUAAAUGAGUUGGAGCAAAGCAUCAAUGACCUAAGAGCAGAGAUGGGAGUGGAAGGCUCUCCAUCUCCUGUGGCCCCUUCCAAGCCCAAGUUAGAUGAAGUGAAGAAAGAGGAAGGUCCUGAAUAGAGCUAACAAAGUUCAUGUUUUAAUUGGAGUGAUGAACAUCGGCCCGCAUUCUGUAAUCUGCGGAUAGGUUUGAGAGAUGAAAGAACUGCUAUUAGAUGGAAUGAGUACCCUGCUUGUUUGUUUAGUUAAUGUGCUAUUUUCCUUCCCUAAUUCCAGUGCCGGCAAUAGUUUUUCUGGCCCCCUUGAAGUGUGAUAUUGUCAGGAAUGUCACGAGUAUGACAAUUUAUUUUUAUGGACACACAAGUAGCCCUAUUAAUUUA